AUGAUCCAUUUCGCCGGCCCUAAUAAUGAGGGGAUCCAAAUUGGGGCCAAUUACGGCUUGAUAAACAUCCAUGGGAAACAGCCAGGCUCGUCCACAGAAGAAGAGUAUCAAGAAUGCCAACGCGCACUUUUCCCUACCAAUCCCUAUGAUCCCUACCUAGACCGAGAGCAGGUCAUAAGCUCGAAGGGGCCUCGAGUGCCUGGAACCUGUGAAUGGAUCCGAGAAAGCGAGCGUUACCGCGCCUGGUUGCACGGCGACACCCCGCUCCUGUGGAUCUGCGGUGGUCCUGGCAAAGGAAAGACUAUGCUCUCCAUCUUCCUGACGGAGGAGCUGGAGCAGCUUAAGUCGAAAAUGCCAGGGACCGAGUUGCUGUUCUACUUCUGUAACCAUCAGGACGAGAAGCGCCGCACUGCAGAUGCCAUCCUGAGGGGACUGCUGUACCAGGUCCUCCGCAGACGCCCCAGUCUCGUGAAAUAUGUACGGCCAUACCUUGAUGCUUACGCGGAUGGCGGGUUUCCUUUUGAAGCGCUAUGGACGAUGUUCCGAAAAGUCCUCCAGGAUCCCGAUCUAGGCACAACAUUCUGCAUCAUCGACGGCCUGGAUGAAUGCGACGAUGAGUACGAUUUGCGGCGUACACUAGUGGCCAAGCUUGUCGCCUUCCUCCUGUCAGACAAGAAGAGCUCAUCCAUACGACUGCAGCUUAUCAUCGUCAGCCGAGAACUCCCCGGACUCACCCUCCAUACGGUCUCCACGCUCCAACUGGGCUCGGAGGACAACGAUGAGCUACUUUCCCGCGACAUUCAAUUAGUCAUCGCAUCGCGGGUGGAUGAGUUGUCCACCAUCGAUGGAUUCAGUAACCAACUCGGCGCCUUCAUCCGAGACCGACUGCUGGAACGCGCCGAAGGAACCUUUCUCUGGGUAGGCUUGGUGAUGAACGAACUAUCACAGAAACGGACUUGCACUCAGGUCGUUGACGCCCUCGAUGACUUCCCCAUGAGCUUACCUGCCAUUUACCGCCGGAUGCUCCUCCAAAUUGAGCCGAGCUGGGUGGGAAGCAGUGCCCGUUGCCUGAGGUGGGUGACCAUGGCACCCCGUCCCUUGACGCUGACCGAGCUUGAAGCUGCGCUCGACAUCCAAGACACAACCAUUACCACCCCAACAGCAGCCCUCAUCAGCCGUGAGCAAGCCACUCGCGACCGCAUCACCCUCUGCGGACCAUUAUUGAAGGUUACUGGGAACAACGAGGUCACUUUAGUUCACCAGUCCGCGAGAGAUUAUCUCCUGCGCGCCACGCCAGACACUCACCCGAUCCUUGAACAGUUCCGAAUUCAGCCAGAGAGGGCGCAUCUGGAACUCGCACAGGCCUGUCUGGGAUAUAUUUGUAGGAGUGUAGGGUUGGAUGAUGAUGAAUCUCUCUCUCAGGCUGGCGCCAGGACAUCACUGCGACGACAACGACGGGAAGAUGCUCCAUUCUUCCAAUAUGCCGCACUCCACUGGCCCGAACAUACACGGCUUGCUUCUUCGUUCGCCGAAGAAAUAUUUGAUCCCUACCACCCCUUCUUCUGGGAAGAUUCCUCGUUGCGCCAGCGGUGGUGGGUGGCCUACCGGGAGAUGGAUUCCCGAAUGGCCGCCGAUGCGUCGGACCUGCCCUUAUUGCAUCUCGCGUCGUAUCUCGGGAUUGAGCCUUGGGUGCGAAGGCUAGCAAUCUGUGCCUGGUGGAAUUUUCCCUGGAAGAACAGAGUGGACCCGAGGGACGGACAGGGUCGGACGCCGCUGUUCUAUGCCACCGUGGGGGGCCACCUGGCGGUCGUAAAGCUGCUGCUGGAUUUUGGUGCCGACGUGAAUGCGAAGGAUGACCAUGGGUGGACUGCGCUGAUGCAGGCCGGAAAAGAUGCGGUUCUGCAGGCUCUGCUGGACCGGGGCGCGGAUAUCAAUGUCGGGGGUGCCGCACUACGGCACGCCGCAACUGGUGGACAUGAGGCAGUCGUUCGGAUGCUUCUGGACCGCGGUGUGGAUGUGAAUGUGACGGAUCAAAACGGCCAGACCGCACUUAUGGAGGCGGCCUGCCGAGGGCAUGAAGCCGCGGUACAGCUCCUAUUUGAUGCAGGUGCCAAUGUCCAAAUGAUGAAUUACCAGAAGAGAACCGCCCUCACACAAGCGGCUCGGGAGAAAGCAAAGGGCAACGGCUCUCAUCGAGGCCGUCAGGGGGGAAAUCAAGAGGCAGUGGUCUUCCUCUUGGAAAACGAUGUGGCGAUUGAUGCAAUGGAUGAGAGUGGACGGACCGCGCUGGCAGACGCAGCUCAAACAGGAUCUUCGGCUAUGGUCCAACUCCUACUAGACCACGGCGCCAACGUCAACACCAGGUGUAGCAUGGAAAGAGAACUACAGCUGACAAUGGCGUGGGGUUGCCACCAGCUGGGAGGCUUGCUUUGGAAAUGGGCUGGGAGGGCCAUACCGAAGGCAGUCGUGCAGGAGGCGAGUCGAAAUGCGGGGGUGGAAAUACUGGUUUUGGCCAUUCACAAUGGAGUGGUCACAAACGCUGGAGAGACAGCGCUAGAAUUGGCUGCGAGGGAAGGCCACGAGGCUGUGGUCCAAUUACUUCUGGAGCAUGGAGCGGAUGUGAAUAGAAGAAGUCGGUUUGGAUGGACGGCGUUGUGGUGGGCUGCAAAGAGAGGGCACGCAGGAAUUGCAAGACUUCUGCUGGGUCAUGAAGCAAAUGUGAACCUGUCCAGCUGUAAUGGACAAACAUCGCUCAUGCAGGCAGCGGGAGAAGGACACUUGGAGGUAGGACAGCUGCUGCUUAACUCCGGUGCACUUCCUGAUCUACAACCAAGGAUCACCUUGCAGACAGCCAGCCGCCGCGCGCCAAAGCGAGCCAUGUCAAACUACAUCAGUUCAAAGGGGUUUCGGACAAGGAGGAUUAGACUGAACCGUGUCAGACCAAGGAUUAGAGGAAAGAGGAUCACUAGAAAAAAUACGACGCAAAUCAGGAGGUUAAAGAAGAUCAACCCACAGACGAGCACCUGGUCAGACAGCACCGGGCCAGAGAACGCAAAUUUGGCAAUCCCCGAGAGAGGCGAGGUGAAACCGAUGAAAACAAAUUUGGACGAUGACGUGCACGGGGGUUUAGGGGAAAUAGCGGUGGCAAUAUUCGGGGCAAUAUUCGAGGCAAUAUUCGAGGCAAUAUCCAAGGCGAUAGCUAGUGGGGGAACAGCCCUGAUGCAAGCAGCUAGGAGGGGACAUAGGUCUGUGGUGGAACAGCUCCUUGAACAUGGUGCUCGUGUUGAUGCAAAAGAUCGACUGGGGCGGUCAGCUCUCUCGUGGGCAGCGGAAUCAGGACAUACAGAAGCCGUGAAACUGCUGCUGAUGAAGCAUGCAGAUGUGCAGGUGGAGUUAAGUGGAUACCAGAAGCAGGGGGUGCUCAUACAGGCAGCGGCAGGUGGGCAUACGUCUGUAGUGAAAUUGCUCCUGGACCACGGAUAUGACGCUCAAGCGAGGGAUCAUGAAAACAAGACCGCCCUGAUGCAUGCGGUGGGGGAAGCGCAUACCGCAACCGUGGAACUCCUCCUGGACUACUAUGCCGAUGCCAACCUUGAACAAAACAUGCUUAGCCAGAGCGUUAAUCAAGGACAGGAGACGAUCGUGCGAUUGCUUCUGCAACGUGGGAGGAUUGAUGUCAAUGCGAAAGAUCAUUUUGGACAGACCCUCCUCAUCCGUGCGGCGAGACAACAACACAUGGGAGUGGUACGGCUGCUACUUGAUCAUGGAGCAAGUAUUGAUGCUCAUGAUACUUGUGGAUGGACGGCAUUGUGGUGGGCUGCUGAGCGGGGGUCCGAAACAGUCGUGCAGUGCCUUCUCGAUCAUGACGCGGAUUUUUAUAUCCAGGAUCAUUACGGCUGGACGGUUCUUAUGAGAGCUGCUGAGAAGGGGCAUCAUGGUGUGGUCCGGCUACUUUUAAACCGGGGUGCUGAUCCAGAUGCACUGGAUCAUGGUGGAGGUACUGCAUUGAUGGGGGCAUCAGGGCGAGGGCAUGAAGUAGUAGUGCAGCUCUUGCUUGAAUACGGAGUUGAUCUGAAUGUGAAAACCCACUCUGGGUGGAGUGCAUUAUGGUUAGCGGCUGAGAAGGAGCACCAGUCGGUGGUACAGCUGCUGGAAUCCGCUGGAGCCCGUCUUUAG